CAACCUGAAAUGGCAAUAGACUAUUUUGGGAAGGGCGUUUGGAAACGUCACAGUGAAAUGCCGGGAUAUAUCGUGUUGUUCCUGGACGGGAGGAGUGAACCUGGCACGAACUCGAGAACACUUCUGCUCCAGCAGCGCCACACCUAAAUCGAUUCUCCUUUAAAACGAACAUUUACUGAGGUACGGUAUCCUCCCGAGACCAAGCCAAGCCGGCAACCGAAACCGGGAGAGCGUGGCUUCAUCUUCGUCAAGAUUAAAGUCAAAUCAACACUACACAAAGAGCCUCUACUGAGCAACAAUGUCCACUGGCACCCAGAAACCAGCGAAACGCAUCAGACGGGAAAAGGCCGCUGCUCCAUGCGAUCUGCAGAAAGCACACAAAGCGGCCCUGUUUCCUCAGAGUCCUGUGUCUGCGGGUGACCAGUCUCUUCCCAGCAGCCCUGAACAAGCAGUUUUGAGGAACCAGUACGUGGAGCCGGUGAUCGCUGUUCAGCUGGCCCCAGACAGGACCGAGUUCCUGGAGACUGGGAGACGUCUCGCGGAACUGGGGACUGGGCUGAUCAGCACUGGACAACUAUUCGAGAGGGACAGGGGGACCGAUAAAGCCCCCAACAUCAUAGCGCUGGGCGGAGUGGAAGGGAUCGGAAAAACCACCGAGGUGCAGAAGCUGGCGUUCGACUGGGUCAACGGCAAGAGGCUUGAGAAGUUUGCGUUCGUGUUCCUGUUUAAAUUCCGGGAGCUAAACACCCUCCAGAAGGAGGCGGUAUCUCUUGUCAGUCUCAUCGCCUGGCAGCACAAACACCUCAAGGGGAAGGACUUGGGAGAAAUCCUGCAGAGAUCGGAAUCCCUCCUGUUCGUUUUCGACGGCUUGGACCAGUACAAGCACAGCCUGGAUUUCCCGAGGGAGCAGCUCUGUUCCAGCGUGGAGGAAGCAGCUCCUGUUCCCAGGCUUGUCGCCAGCCUCCUGGCCCGGGCUUUACUGAAUGGCUGCUCAGUGCUCAUCACAAGCCGGACGACCUCGUCAUCCCUGUCCGAACUACUGGAAGCUGGCAAAGUCGAUCUCUAUGCCGAGAUUUACGGAUUCGCCCCGGAGCAGAGGAAGAGUUUCUUUGGGAAGUUAUUCAAUGGCGGUCGGGUCGCCGACGAAGCUUUCCAUUACGUGGAGCAGAAAGACGGCCUGUACUCCCUGUGCUUCAGCCCUUCUUUCUGUUCCAUCUUCGUCGCCGUGCUCAAGUCCCGCUCAGCUGCGCAGGAGCGAGAUCUGGAAACCGUGAGUGAGAUGUUCGUGAACUUCAUUUGGGGCAACAUGCUCCCGGCCCCAGGCAAAGCCAGAGAGAAGCGAGGCGUCCUGCUGAAAGUGGGAAAGCUGGCUUUCCACGGGGUGUCCGAAGGGCUCUCUGUGUUUUACGACGAGGACCUGCGCUCGUUCGGCCUCACGUCUCCUGAGAGGUUCCUCCCUGGGAUUUUCCAGAGAGAGAGCCUGCAGGGGCGCAGGAGCUAUGCCUUUGCUGUCCCCCCCUUGCAGCAGUUUUUGGCUGCCUGUUACCUGCUACUCGACACCUCAACGGACCUCAAAGAGUUCCUCAAGAAGACGGACAGCCAAAGCGACGUCCAUUUCCAGAACCUCACGCUCUUCCUGGCAGGAAUUUCCGAGCCCGCUGUAUGGAAACCUGUGGAUGCGACGCUGGGAAAGUUUGGGAGGGGCAGGGCGGAGACGGUCCAGGAAUGGUUGAAAGACAUGGCCCAGCAGGCUCUGCGGGACAACAGGAAAAAGGAGCUUCUAACCGCCCUUCGGUUCCUCUACGAAACUCAGAACAAGAGUUUGAUAACGGCGGAGUUCGCGGAGGAGAUAUGUCGGAGGCUUUCGUACGGGACCUUCAGCGAUCUCGAUUGCGCCGUGCUGCUCUGUGUUUCCAGCUGCUGCCAAGAUCUCCCGGAGUUCAGUCUACUGGGGUCCUCUUUCACAGAGACAGGCUUCAACAAACUGGUGCCGGCUUUCAGAAGCUGUCAGAAAAUUGACCUGAGGAACUGUCGACUGACCCCAGGGAGUUGUGAGGGACUGGCCUCCACUCUCUCCUCGCAGCAGUCUCGUCUCACAGCCCUGGAUCUGAAUAGCAACCCCCUGGAGGAUUCUGGAAUCAAACUGCUGUGUGCCGGGAUGAAGGACCCAAACUGCAAAAUACAGAACCUGCUGCUGAGGGGUUGCUGCUUCACGGCUGCUUGCUGUGAGGAUCUCGCCGCUGCCCUCAGUACAAACCACUCAAGCCUGAUGGAGCUGGAUCUGAGCUUCAACCAACUGGGGGAUUCAGGAGUGAAGCAUCUGUCUGCUGGGCUGAGGGAUCCGAACUGCAAGCUGGAGAAGCUGGGGCUGAGCAGCUGUGAACUGACAGCUCGGGGCUGUGAGGACCUCGCCUCGGCCCUGCGCUGCAGCCACACCCGCCUCCACACGCUCUGCCUGAGAGCGAAUGAACUGGAGGAUUCAGGGCUGAAGUGGCUGUCUGCUGCAAUGAUGGAUCCCAACUGUAAACUACAGGAUCUGGAGCUGUUUGAUUGCUGCCUCACCACUGAAUGCUGUCAGGGUUUAGCUUCGGCUCUGCAGGCAAAGCACUCCCUCCUGAGAAGGCUGGAGUUGGGGAUCAAUGAGCUGGGCAACGCAGGUGCGAGGCUGCUGUGCACUGCUCUGGAGCAGCCAGACUGCAAGGUGGAGAGUCUGGGGCUAUCUCACUGCGAGCUCACCUCGGAGCUCUGCCAGGAUAUUGCCUCGGUUCUGUGUUCCGAUCACUGCCGACUGAGACAGCUGGAGCUGGCGGUGAACAAACUGGGGGACUCCGGGGUGAAAGUGCUGUGCGCUGCUUUGAGGAACCCCAACUGCAAACUGGAGACCCUAAACCUGGACCUCACCAGUCUCACAGAUACCUGUGUGGGGGAUCUCUCCUCGGCUCUCACUGCAAGCCGGACCCUGUCUGUCCUGGAUCUGAGCAACAAUGGAUUCACAGACGCCUCGGUCCCGGCAUUCAGACAGAUGAUAGCGGCCAGCACCCUGAAAGAAAUCCUCUUGUCGGAGGCAGACUUUUCUGAAGAGAGCCUGGAUGUCCUGCUUGAGCUGGACACCCCCGGAAGGCACAUCUCUCUGUAAAGAAUUCGCUACUCCGGGACUUUAAAGAACGCUUGAAAUGUAUAUGUUACAGAAUGUUUCCACGUCGUUAACAAAAGCAGCACCAAUCAAACUGUAUUAAUAAUCCAGAUAAACAUGUUCUUUUUAUUAAAGUUAGCGAGGAGGAGGGCCCGGUUUGAUCAGCUAUCAUAUCAUUGUAACCAGAACAUUCCUGCAGUUUGGUAUGCAAGCAUGCAGAAGUCAAGAUGUUUGUUCAAUAUCCUGUACUGAAGCCGUAUAGGGGCUGCUUAACUAUACUUAACACUGCGUGUGGCUUCAUUACUAUCAUCAUUGAUGUUAAUAUUAUCGGGAGGCGGUCGCACUUGCAUACUGUACUUGUACGUCACACGGUAGAGUUAUGCAUGUUCUAGAGAACGGCUUGUCAAGUUGGGAUGAAACCUGAAAAGCAGCUUCUUUAGACUGUGGGGGUAUAUAAAGGAAUCUGUCUUUCUGUCUGCCUGCCCGCCUCUCUGUCUGUCUGUGUGCAUACUGUGGCUGCAGGGCCCCUAUAUCAAUCGUUUCAUGUUACGUAUGUGGUUGAUUUUUAAUUUACAGUCGUGAUGCGAGGGGUGGAUGUCGCCGAAUUGCUUGUUUAUUUUGAAUGAGUUUCAAUAAAACCAUUUUACAGUCAA